UGUCAGAAAUGGAUUUGAAUUUUCUAUUCUAGAUGGUACACCACGCCCUGAACCAUACAGUCAGCAGACCUUAGGAGGCUACAACCACAGCCUACAACCUGCAGGCCAUAAUAGGGGAAACAGUGGUUGGCAGGACCAUAGUUUGCCCCAGCAGCCAUUAUGUGAUGGAAGAACAGCUACUUGGCAGGGCACGAAACCUUCCAAUCAGAGAAUGAAUGCAGCUUUAGAUAAUCCAAAGGCAACUUCUGUACCCUAUCAGCCAAGGAACCAGCCAAACACAAACCAAGGCAACCAGAACCAAUCCACUAACAUUAAGCGACCAUUGCAACCUUGGCAGCAAAAUUAUGGUGAGCCCUCUGCAGCGAAGUCUAGUAGACCAUCAGCAUCUCCAUCUCCACAAUCAAGUCAAAUUCCAUAUGCUCACAGAAACAACAGUUAUAGCGUUCAAGAACCCCAAAGAGCACCAUAUACUUCAGUGCAUCAGCCUGGGAUGUAUCAGCAGGCUAUGCUCCCACCCACAAUGCACCAGUCACCCGCACACCAACCUGGUACAAGCAAGGCAACAAAGAGCCAAGUGGUUGCUGCCUCACCAAGGCAGAGGCCUGAUCUUUCACAAAGUCACACAGCCAGAGGCAGUUUAAGGGGAAGUGCCCCAUCUCCGUUCAGAAUGCCAUCUACAUCACUGAUGCCUCAAAGGCAAACACAGCCUGGCACUGCAGCUUGGGAGAUGAGGAACCCAGAUAGUGCAGGAAACUCUGUAGAUAAAUCUAUGAAGAUGUUGACUGUGUCCAUCGAAGAGCUCAGGUACUGGACAUCAUCCAGAGACAUCCAAGGACUACUCUUCUUUGAACUGUUUGGCAUCCUAAACUCAGCAGUGUGUUCCAAUGAAACAGGACUGGCAAAGAAAUUCACAUUGAAAGAUGGCAAUCAUACCCUUCUGUGUAUCUUCUAUGAGACAGACCGUCCACUAGGAUCGCUGACUAGAGGCCAAUGCCUUCGUACUGUUGGGAACAUACUGCCCAAAGAGGGCAUCUUUCGGUGUGUGUCCGUCCGUCCUGCAACACUCUCUGAACAGAAGAUUAUGAGAAGUGCUGUUGCUGCAUGCGACAGGGGAGUCAGACAGAGGCUAUCUGCCACAGGUGUAGAGCCAUAAAUGAUUCAUUAAAAUCUUAUAAAACCCUUUCACCAUAAUCACUUCAUUAUGGGUUGCUACAUUGUAGACAGAGAUUUGAAUCAUACUUUUGCAACACAGUGUCGGUGUAAAAUCUUGUUCAUUCGGGCUCCGAUCUAGAUGGUUUUCAUACUAAUGCUUUGCCCUGA